CCAGAUAGCAACCGGCCAAACAGUUCCGACAGCAAAAGUACUUGCGAUUGUAAAUAGCAAGCACAUAUCAACAUCCCGCUCACCGGUAUUUUAAAGCAACGACAGACUGAAAUGGGAGAGGUGGCCAUUCCAAAGCCCGAGACCGAAGACCCCCGCCCGCAAAGGAGGCACUUCAUCAACGCACGAUUGAGAGACCGCCAGUCCAAGAUGCUCAAGGAGGAUUUACGUCGUUUUUCGGAAGUCUCGACGUAUCAGUCCGAGUACAUCGGCGACGAUACCAAAACAUCGUACAAGACCAAGCCCACAGUGAGAGUGAUACGGCCCAAGCUCGAUCCCGAUACGGUCCUGUUGAAUCUCAAGCGCAUCGACCAGAUCGUAGUGUCCGACCACAUUUCCAAGAACUUUAAAGCCCUCGAUGUCAAGAGCGACAUCAAGUCCUGCCAGGACGAAAUCGACAAGUACAUGCACGAAUCCACAUACCAAUCCUCAUUCAACGACCGUGGGAUAUACAAAGCGCUCCUGCCAAAGUUUCCGAUCGAAGAAAAGGAGCCCAAGUUCACCCUUUCUUUGUAUCAAAACUCGUAUGUGCAUCCUCGCUACAUCAAUUCGAGGCUGUGCUCGGAAGAAAUCAGCCCAUAUGGCAUGACCAAGUCGCUCUAUCUGCAGCCCACGGCCGGCAUGGGUGUUCGCGAUCUACUGCACACCCAGCAAGCCUCCGAUGUCACUUCGUACAAGUCAGACUUUAAAUUGUGUCCUCCGAUCGAGACACCCGAGGUCCAGGUCACGGACGAGCAAAUGAGACCCCGAGCCCCAACCACGAUCGUCAGGAAAGCGCUGAAAUACCGUCGCUACUACCAGUAG